GGGCCGCCCCCAGGGCCGCGCUCCGGGUCCUCCCGCCCCGCCCCGCCCCUCGCGUCGUGCGCGGCGCCGCUUCCGGCUGGGGACGUGGCUCGGCGCCGCCAUCUUGUGGGGCUGCCCGAGGGGACGCGGAGCCGCGAGGGAGCGAGCGCCGAGCCGAGCGCCGCCGCCAUGGUGCUGUUGGCGGCAGCUGUCUGCACCAAGGCAGGGAAGGCCAUCGUCUCCCGGCAGUUUGUGGAGAUGACCCGAACCCGCAUCGAGGGGCUGCUGGCAGCUUUCCCCAAACUGAUGAACACUGGGAAGCAACACACCUUUGUGGAAACAGAGAGCGUGAGGUACGUGUAUCAGCCGAUGGAGAAGCUCUACAUGGUGCUGAUCACCACGAAAAACAGCAACAUCCUGGAAGACCUGGAAACACUCCGACUCUUCUCUAGAGUGAUCCCUGAAUAUUGCCGAGCUCUAGAGGAGAAUGAGAUCUCUGAGCACUGCUUUGACCUGAUUUUUGCCUUUGAUGAAAUUGUUGCCCUGGGCUACCGUGAGAAUGUAAACUUGGCACAAAUUCGGACCUUCACAGAGAUGGAGUCGCAUGAAGAAAAGGUGUUCCGAGCUGUCCGAGAGACUCAGGAACGUGAAGCAAAAGCUGAGAUGCGUCGUAAAGCGAAGGAGUUGCAGCAGGCCAGGAGGGAUGCAGAGAGGCUGGGCAAGAAGGCGCCUGGCUUCGGUGGCUUUGGCAGCUCAGCUGUGUCUGGGGGCACAACAGCAGCAAUGAUCACAGAGACCAUCAUUGAAACAGAGAAGCCCAAAGUGGCACCAGCACCGUCCAGACCAUCAGGUCCUAGUAAAGCUUUGAAACUGGGCGCCAAAGGGAAGGAGGUGGACAACUUUGUGGACAAGCUGAAAUCGGAGGGAGAAAAUAUCAUGACUUCUGUAGGCAAACGCUCUACAGAAGCAGCCAAAGUUCUUGCACCGCCCAUUAAUAUGGAGAGCGUGCAUAUGAAAAUAGAGGAGAAAAUUUCCUUGACUUGUGGCCGUGAUGGAGGCUUACAGAAUAUGGAGCUGCAUGGCAUGAUCAUGCUGCACAUCUCUGAUGAAAAAUUUGCACGAAUUCGCCUGCAUGUAGAAAAUGAAGACAAGAGGGGAGUGCAAUUACAGACUCACCCCAAUGUGGACAAGAAGCUGUUUACUGCGGAAUCACAGAUUGGUUUGAAGAAUCCAGAGAAAUCAUUCCCUAUUAACAGUGAUGUGGGUGUGCUGAAGUGGCGGUUGCAGACGACAGAAGAAUCCUUCAUUCCAUUGACAAUUAACUGCUGGCCAUCAGAAAGUGGGAACAGUUGUGAUGUUAACAUUGAAUACGAGUUGCAGGAGGAGAGCUUAGAACUGAACGAUGUGGUCAUCAUGAUCCCCUUACCGUCUGGUGUUGGUGCCCCGGUGAUUGGGGAGAUCGAUGGUGAGUAUCGCCAUGACAGCCGGAGAAAUCUCCUUGAGUGGUGCCUGCCAGUGAUAGAUGCCAAAAACAAGAGCGGCAGCCUGGAGUUCAGCAUAGCAGGGCAGCCAAAUGACUUCUUUCCAGUACAAGUCUCCUUCAUCUCCAAGAAGAACUACUGCAACAUACAGGUUACCAAAGUGACCCAGGUGGAUGGAAACAGCCCUGUAAGGUUUUCUACUGAAACCACCUUCCUGGUGGACAAGUACGAAAUCCUGUAAUGUUGGCUGUGGGGAAUUUGCAAAGGAAAUUUUUAAAUUAAAACAAACAAAGAAACAAAACAAAAAAAGAGGCCGAAGUUUAUUCUGAAUGUUUGGAACGUCGCAGCCCUCUCUGCUGAGACACCCGGCUCUGUGUGCCAGACAUUUUAGGCAGAGAAUUGACGUGUUCAUGGAGGGGAAAGGCUCCCAAUUUCUUUGGCAGAUUUGUACUGGCUGGCAGGAGAACAAGAUCUCUGCAGAGAACCUGGAUUCAACACUUCCCCACCUCCCAUGAAGAUGACUGGAGCUCAGUCCCAGAGCCUAUUAGACAUCACGUUCACCCAUUUUUAAUUAUCAAACCCUGGUCCAUCGUUGGUGCUGCCGUUUUAAUUUCUCCUCAGCCUUCAACUCUUCGCUUCUGGUGAUGAAAACAGGCAUUAGGAUGAUACACUCAGUGAUGCAGUGCUUCUCUGGACCCUUCCAGCUGGAAGAAGUGGACUCACAGCUCAGAUCCGAUCGCGCUGUUCCUUGCUGUGGCUACAGCCCUGCUGUACAGCACUGAACUUCAGCCCCAGAUCUGUAGGAGUCCUUUGGGCCUCUCCUGGUGUUGGCGCUGGGUCAGAGUGGGGCUUGUAGGCGGCACAGGCUGCGGCUCUGAACACUCCAGUCUGCCCUGCAGGGAGCACAACACCCACAGGUGCCUGUCUGAAGGUUUGUUGUUGCAGUAACUCCCUGGCCAAGGUUCAUGUCCUGGCUCAGGCUGUGCAGUGUCUUGGUGAGCUGAACUGCGUCACCUGCACACAGUAGGAGUGCGGGUAGGGCCUGUCACCAACCCAUGUUCAUUCUCGGUGCUUGGGAGUGGAGGAGGGGGUUGAUCGGAGCGUGAGCAGCACCCAGAGCUGUUCCCCUCUGCCUGCUUAGCAUCACUUUGUCCCCAGGGCUGUGCUCCCCCCCCACCUGCUUUCACAGGGGAGCUCCCCAUUGCAGUGUGGGCUGAGCCUGCAGGUGAAAUCCACGUGGUGUCCAAGCCCUAAAGCCGUGCACUGUGCUGUGUGAGGCCUGUUGGUUCCUAUGGGCUCCUCUGCCAAAGAAGUUAGCGGUCUCUCCUCUGUUAACAGCGCCAGCGAGGAAACAAACUGAUUCUUUCCCUGGGAGGGUGAUUUGUUCUGGGGGAGGGAAAGCAAACCCCGUAGUGAAGUAGACAAUGAAUCUUUAUUAAUUCAGUUGUGUUCAGGAGUUGCUUGUCUGUAUGAUUUUAAAAUGGAGUCGAGUUUAGUUCAACCAUCAAAGGAGCAUUUUUAUUGAACUCGGUUGGAGGGUGAUAUUUAAAAAGCAGAACCCCAGUUUUUGUAACCCUGUACAAUACUGGCCUAGGGAAUAGAGCACAUUCCAGUGUAUACAAAGAAGACAAAUUCUUUAAUCAAAUAAAAAGAGUAUUAUAAAAGGAA